AUGGUGAAACCUUCACUAAACAACAACUGGCUCGGACAGAUUACGGGCGUCGAUUGUAACAUGGUGAAACCUUUACUAAACAACAACUGGCUCGGGCAGAUUACGGGCGUCGACUGUAACAUGGUGAAACCUUCACUAAACAACAACUGGCUCGGACAGAUUACGGGCGUCGAUUGUAACAUGGUGAAACCUUUACUAAACAACAACUGGCUCGGACAGAUUACGGGCGUCGAAUGUAACAUGGUGAAACCUUCACUAAUCAACAACUGGCUCGGACAGAUUACGGGCGUCAACUGUAACAUGGUGAAACCUCUUUCAACGGGAAAUUUUCUUUGUUUCCAGUUGCCAGAAGGGGCGGAACUCACGCUGGCUGAGCUCCGCGAGAUGGCAGCACGACAACAACAACAAAUCGAGGCUCAACAACAGCUUCUCGUGGCCAAGGAACAACGUCUAAAGUUCUUGAAACAGCAAGAAGUGCGACACCACCAGGGGGUUCAAACGACAGAAGGAGACCGGCUGCGACACUUGCGUGAAAGGGUGGAAGGUCAGGAGCAGAAACUUCGCCGAUUGAGGGCGCUGCGCAACCAAGUGGACCAACAGCGGGUGAACAAUGGUAACCUAGGAGCAGAACUAGAUUCUAUCCGGGCACUUUUUAAUGAGAAAGAGAAAGAACUGUCGUUAGCAGUGGCAAAGGUGGAGAACCUCACGCGGCAGCUGGAGGAACUACGUCGAGGUAAUCUCAACGGGCUCAAGACCAGUAAUAACAACGCUUCUCUGCCUGCUGUCUUGGAGGUGGAAAAACUAAAACAGGAGUUAGUGUAUCGAACAAAACUUAAUGAACAGCAAAAUGAAAGAAUUGCACACCAGAGGGAGACUUUGGCAAAACGUCAGGAAGAUAUUUCAGGAAUGGACCAACGAAUUGCCGAAUUACAGCAACGUCUCCACCGGAAGCGGAUGUUGAACCAACAGAUGUCUAACAAGAUUCAUGCGGCAACUGUAGCCAAGCAAGCGUAUGUAAGAACUGGGUCAACGAAGAUACACCCACGACCUCCCAAUACCAAAAUCGUUGCGGUGGAACCUUUAAAACAGGCAUCCGUGGAACCGGAUAGGGUUCAAGACGACCUAGAUGCUCCGUUAGGGGGCGUAAAAGGCAUCCAAGAACUGAGUGAAUUUGCUAGCAAUAAAAAUGACCCAAAAUAUCAAACACUGCCAUACAAUACUAAGUUUACCGUAAAAAAUUGGAAAGAUGACACUAGCUCUGAGGAGAAUGGAGAGGGACCCAAGUCGACAGAAGAAGAGACUGUGCAGCAAUCUGUCACAGCUUCUUCUAACACUAAGCAGCAGCUAGCCAUGAAACCCACUGUAAUCCUACCACCUCCUGGAAAGCUCUCCCCUCUCCCCCUUCACGCUAGCCAUUUAGGCCUAAGGCCUAACGGUUCUAUCCCCGGUACGCUUUCUACUUCUACAGGACGUCUUAGUGGUAAUGUCAUAGUUCAAGGACAGCCCAGUAGUAACAAUCUUCCAUCUAUGACCAACAGCAGGCUACCACCUACCUUACCAAAACCAAAACCGACGGCUCAAGGAAACCCUGUAUGCAUCUCCCAACCCUUCUCGAGGACAGAUGUGAACCCUCCUCUUCUGCACCAGUCUUCUUCCUCUCGCGAGGGGGUUCAAUCAUCGACUAGUCCCAGACGUAAUGGUUCCUCGGAUGGUCAUCAAAUUGUAUCAGUACGAGAAACCAACAUGCCGACUUCAACAGCUAUCAUUUCUACUAUGAAACCUUCUCCUCCACCAAAACCUCCCAUCCCGGUGAAGCCCGUGCCCCCACCUCGACAAACCCAUCACCUUGCUGAAAAUGGAUCUUCUUCUGAAAGAGGUUAUGCAGAAACAUCCUUAGAUUCAGUGGACUCGGCCUUAUCCAUUCUAAAAGGUCAUGGAAACCAGACUAGCAAGCGCACCAACGGAUUGAGCUACAGAGAACGUCUACUGUAUUAUCGAAUUGUAAUGAGGUAUUUGGUACAACCGCAAGUCGUGCAACGUCAUGCUCAGAGAGUUGGUCAAGAAGCCCUUGACCAGUUUGCCAAAGCGAUGAACCACGUAUAUCGCAAUGAACAUCCAUCGCGCACACCUCAGUUCAAGUCUAGUGGUGUUAGGGACAAUAAUUUCUCCACCAGUGAUUUAUCAGGUGGUAAUGUGGAGCAUGAGGACAAGCGUGAGAAACUACCGAUAAGACCAAAACCACUUACUAUCAAAAUUCCACUAAGUAGUGACCAGCCAAGGGUUAAAGGACAACAGAGUGUAUCCACCCAAAAACAAGGAACGGAAGGGACUAGUAGUGGGAGAAUUUCCCCCAACCAAAGCGUCCACGUUAGCAUAAACCGGCGUAUUGCAAUGCCACCAGCUUUCUUGUUCCCUGAGAACCACCCGCCCCCUACUGACCUCGGCGGACCCGCCCAUAAAGAAGCACGAGCAGGAAAUGACGUCACAGACAGAGGGGUGCUGGAAACUGAGAAUCUAACUUUGAAUUCCAAGCACCUACACAAGAGUCCACCGAACCAAACGGAUCAGUUGGAUCAAUUUAAUGGAAACGUUGCUCUAGACUUAGAAAACGUUAUACGACCAGAUGGGGACGGAGACUCGGUCAGCACAGACAAUGGUCAAGCACAUGUUUCUGAUCAACAAACCGAGGCACUUAACGAGGCUAACGGAAUUGAUCAUUCGCACAUGCACAACAGCGCCGCCUUACGGAGAGUGAAGAAAGGAAACUUGAAAACCAAAAACUCAACCAAAAACUCCCGGAGGGUCAGUUUUGACCCUCUAGCUUUGUUACUGGACGCUGCUCUUGAAGGAGAACUAGAGCUCGUGAAAAAAACUACAAGAGAGGUACCUGAUGCUAGCGCUGCUAAUGAUGAAGGAAUCACAGCUCUUCACAACGCUAUUUGUGCAGGACAUUUUGAAAUUGUCAAGUUUCUCGUGGAGUUUGGUUGUGACGUCAAUGCUCAGGACAGUGAUGGCUGGACUCCACUCCACUGCGCAGCCUCCUGUAACAACCAGCCAAUGGUGAGAUUCCUGGUUGAGCACGGCGCAUGUGUAUUUGCCAGUACACUCAGUGACCACGACACAGCCGCCGAGAAAUGUGAGGAGGACGAAGAGGGUUAUGACGGCUGUUCCGAGUUCCUCUACAGUGUUCAAGAAAAACUCGGCAUCUUGAAUGGUGGCGCUGUAUAUGCAGUGUAUGAUUACGAUGCUCAGAAUCAGGAUGAAUUGUCUUUUAAAGAUGGCGAUAUGAUAGUCGUACUGAGGAAAGGAGACGAGCAAGAAAGAGAAUGGUGGUGGUCUCGUCUUAAAGACAGAGAAGGGUACAUUCCCAGAAAUCUACUUGGUCUUUACCCAAGAGUGACGGCGAAACGUGAUUCCUAGUAAGCAGCAAACAAGAUAUGCCGAUACUCCCUGUUUCUGCUAAUCUCGUGUAGUCUCGAAUGGCACGAGACUUGUUGAGAUAUAAUUUUAGUAACAAGUGCCGCUAUCUUCUCUACUUGGAGAAGUGCUGUUGGAAAUGUUUAAUUUGCAUCGGGUUCGUUCUUUAAACUUGUUACUUGUUUAUAAAAUCAAAUUACUCGACUGUGGCUUAUGGGGUUAUUCUGAAGUAGUUGUAAAUACGUGUAAAAUACGAUCAUCACUAGGCCAUGCAUUGCUGGCCAGGUGCCUAUCGUAAAUUAACUUUUAUUCCUGAUUUUUUAAAGUAAUUACAGUUGGAUAUCCUGCAUAUGGCGACUUGUACGUAUUGUUUAAAUUCCCUUUGUGUACAUAGGAGAAAUUAAUAGCUCGCCCCGCCUAUUUCUGAAGCUUAGAUAAUUUGAAAUGGUUUGGUUAAGAAAGAAUUUGUAUAACGUGUAUCAUACGAAAGACCAAUUGUCCGUCCAUUUUUUCGGGUUCCUAUAUACGUUAGUUACUAAACAUACCGGUAGAGGGAGGAGCUGAAAAUAUAAAAUUAGUAUUUGUUCUGCCCGGAAUGAUGCUGAGCAGGUUAGAUUCAUCUAUGUAGUUUCACAAGAAAGAUUAGCCCGAACUUUGCAUUUUACAAAAACAUAACCGUGUAACUUUCUGUAUUACAAUAUUAGUGAAGUUAAUGUUUACAAGGUGAAAUAUUCUCUUCAACUAUAUGGUUCUCAAAGUUAAAUAGUUACCGUCGUCGAUGGACAUAAGACGUGUUUUUUGUUAUGUUUUACGAGAAAAUGUUUGUAAUGUUGCUUGUUCAUUCAUAUCACCUUACUGUUUUGUACAAUCACCCCUAAAGUGCUUAUAAAGUUAAGGUAAAGAGCGCCAAACUUGUUUGAUGUAAUUGGCUUGAAUCAGUUUAUCAGUGUUGUAUCUUUUUUUGUUGUUGUUCGUUUGUUUUUGGAAAGAUAUAAGCAAAAUUUAUUUUUCGUUGUUUGAAACCCAAGGCAUCUUUUAUAUCGAAUUUUAUUCUUAUGCCUCGUAACAACCGACGUUAACAUCAAUUAACAGUCUCGUCCAAAUGACGUUCAUAUCGAAGAAAGUUCUUCCUUGUUCUUGAUAGCCAGUGAAGUUGCAGAUUUUUGGAUAUUUUACACAAUAAAAUACUAAGAUGGCGCCUCAGUGGUGGAAUCUGUGAAGUACAUAUCUCUGGAGAUUUUAUUUUAUGUUUUACUUGAAUAAAACAUUCCAUAUUAAAAAUUGUAUGGACAGUGU